AUGGAAAACACUACAGUGAGUAACCAAACUUUACCAAUAUGGACAGACCACAGCGUCGAAUACAAAGUCAUCAGCUCGGUUCUGGUGUUUGUUAUAUGUGUUCUGGGCAUCAUUGGCAACACGAUGGUCAUCCUGGUCGUCCUCACAACCAAACACAUGCGAACGCCGACCAACUGUUACCUGGUGAGUUUGGCGGUGGCCGACCUCAUGGUGCUCACCGCGGCCGGUCUCCCCAACAUCGCGGACAGCAUAUACGGCUCCUGGAUCUUCGGACACUACGGCUGUCUGUGCAUCACCUACUUCCAGUACCUGGGGAUUAACGCGUCCUCCUGCUCCAUCACCGCGUUCACAAUCGAGAGAUACAUCGCGAUAUGCCACCCGAUCAAAGCCCAGUUUCUGUGCACGUUGUCCCGAGCCAAAAAGAUAAUAUUGUUAGUGUGGGGGCUGACGUCUCUGUACUGCGUCCUGUGGCUUUACCUGUCAGACACGGUGGAGACGCAGUACCAGGAUGUCACCAUAAUAUCAUGUGCGUACAAAAUGAAGAGAAGUGUGUACAUGCCAAUUUACUUUUUUGACUUUGGCAUUUUUUUCGUGGUGCCGCUCACGCUGGCCACCAUACUGUACGGACUGAUCGCGCGCAUCCUGUUCCUGAACCCCAUGACUUUUGAGAAGAAUGCCAACGGCAAAAGUCACGGGGGAGGAAAGGGGAACGCGCUGGGUAAAAAGUCCAACCAUUGCUCCAACACCACCGCCACUUCCAGGAGACAGGUUACCAAGAUGCUCGCUGUGGUGGUGAUCCUGUUUGCCCUGCUCUGGAUGCCUUAUCGCACCCUGGUCGUGGUCAACUCUUUCCUGGAGCAAGCCUACCUGGACACCUGGUUCCUGUUGUUCUGCCGCUGCUGCAUCUAUCUCAACAGCGCCGUCAACCCGGUCAUCUACAACGCCAUGUCGCAAAAGUUCCGCGCGGCUUUCCGCAAGCUCUGCCUGUGCGGGCGCAAGGGCUCCGUCACCAAGGGGACGUACAGCGUGGCGCUGACCUACAGCGCGGGAAAGGACACCUCCAUGGUCGAGAGCUGCACGGAACACUACACCACGGAGCUCGACGAAUUAACGGCCACAGACGAGCUCCUUGCCGAAAAGAAAACGCUCUACCCGGAAGACUGCACCUUAGUGAAAGUGACUUUCAGCCAAAACCCUGUACAAGUGCUCUAA